AUGAAGAUCUCGCUCAGCACCGUCGCCCUGGGCCUCGUGUCCGUACCCGGAGCUUCUGCCUGGGGCGGCCUGGGCCACAUCACGACGACCUUCCUGGCGAGCAGGCUCGUCGCCAACUCGACCGAGGCCUUCUUCCAGGAGCUUCUGCGCAGCCACGAGGACGACUACCUCGCCAAGUUUGCCUCGUGGGCCGAUUCCAUCCGAUACACCAAAUGGGGACGCUUCACCAAGACGUUCCACUUCAUCGACGCCCACGACAACCCACCCCACUCGUGCAACGUCGACCUCGAACGCGACUGCAAGGAGACGGGCUGCGUCAUCACCGCCUUGGCCAACUACACGAAGCAGUCUCUCGACCAUUCGCUGCCGGCCUGGCGCCGAGCCCAAGCCGCCAAGUUCGUCAUCCACUUCGUCGGUGACCUGCAUCAGCCCCUUCACAACGAGGACGCCUCGCGGGGCGGAAACGGCAUCUACGUCCGCUGGGACGGCAGGGAGUACAACCUCCACCACGUCUGGGACAGCGCCAUCGCCGAGAAAUGGAUCGGCGGCAUGCGAGGGAGACCCUACCCUCUCGCCCAGAAGUGGGCCAAGCAGCUGGCCAUGGAGAUUGCCGACGGCAAGUUCACGGCCGAGAAGGAUGCCUGGCUCGACGGCCUCGACUUUGACCAUCCCAUCGAGACGGCCAUGUCCUGGUCGAGGGAGACCAACGCUCUCGUCUGCACGCAUGUGUUUCCCGACGGCCCCGACGCCAUCGUCGGCCAGGAGCUCGGCGGCGAGUACUUUAAAAGGGCCGGACCCGUCAUCGAGAAGCAAGUUGCCCGUGCCGGCUUUCGCAUGGCAGCCUGGCUCGACAUCAUCGCCGAUACCUAUCGGAGCCGGAAGGCUGCGGACCAGUUGACGGGCGAGCUGUAG